CUUAGCUUAGUCCAUCAUACCACUAGCUAUACGGUACGUACGUGUGCUGCAAGUCGACGUACUAACUGCAACGCCGCAAGGUAUCAUAUCGAUGGAGGCGGGUGGGCGGUGGAUGAUGGAUGACACGGCGGCGUCAAGGGGCGGCGAUGAUAAUAACCACCAGUUCUUCCUGGGCGUGGGCUACCGGUUCGUGCCGACGGACGAGGAGCUGGUGGAUUACUUCUUGAGAAGAAAGAUUAUGGGUCUGCCCAUUAUUCAUCCGAUCAUUCGUCAUACCAUUAAUAUCUACGAAACCCAUCCCAGGGACAUUCUUUGCAAGUACGGGACAGUGGGAGAAGAUGCAUGCUAUUUCUUCGUGAAGCAGUCAAACAAGUCAAGAAAACGGCGGUGCAGGAAAGCCGGGAAUGGGUAUUGGAGGACAUCCGGUUCUCAUCCGGUCUUGGACGGGUCUGGAAAGAAGGAAAUCGGGUCCAAAAAGACAUUUGCCUUUCACCAAGGAUUUCCAGAAAAGGGUGGUUUCAAAGGAGUGAAAACGGACUGGCUGAUGCACGAGUUUUCUCUCAAUCAUGGAGAUGAUAAUAAUAAUAAUAUUGGAGAUGACUAUGUGCUGGUAAGGAUUUAUUAUCACAAGAAGAAAAAUGGAAAUGGAAAGGAGAAGGAUUAUAAGGAGUUGAACAAUUUUACCACACCAUGGCAUCAUGAUGAACAUCUACUUCUUCCUGCUCCUGCUAAUAAUAUGGAGCCCUUCACUGGUCUUGAAGUUGAGACGAUGAGUUCGGAUAAAGACAUUCUGCGGUGGCUUGAGCACUGUAUGUUGGGUGACUCAGAUCCAGCGGAACCACUUCUCCCGGCGGUGGGAUGUUAGCUGCAUAUUUUGUUUAGUACAUUACAGACGUAUGUUUAGUUUAGUUAUUUUGUAAUUUAGUUAGUUUUGAUCAUGUGGGAGGUUUUUUAGCCCACUUGGUGUAACCACCAUAUCCCACUCCCAUAAAAAGAGAAUUGAAGCAUGUAAGGGAAUGGAGUUACACCAAGAAGGUUUUUCCUCUACACUAAUGAAAAAUAUAGAUAUGAUCAUGUUCCUGUG